UGGUGUAAAAUGUUUAAAUGUUAAAAUCGUCUGAGAUUACUGAAGUGUUAAUUUUAAUACCUUUUAAAAUAACAAGCUGAAACAUUUCAUUCGUCCGAUAAACGAUUACAAAAAUAUAUUUAUAUUAUUAUUUUUUAUUAUUGUUAGACAUCCUUGAACUUUUCCUCAUUCUCCUGUGUUACAACCUCACAGUGAGAUUUGAUGUAGUGAAGAGGGGAUUAGUCAAAGAGUUAAAAAGUUAAAAUAAAGCUGUGAUGAAACUAGAUUGACAUUUCCUGAAGGAAAUACUGUGCAAAGAAUAAUAGAGGUGAAAAAAAUGACGGAACAUAUUUUUUUAAAAAGGAAUAAACAAAGAAAGAGGUUGAGGCAAAAAUGUAUACAAAGGAAGAAAGAAAUAGAGAAAGAACAAAAAACAGAAAAGGGAAGAAGUAAACAUAUAUGAAAGAAAGAAACCAUGAUAAAAAUGUAUUGUGAGAAACAGAAAGAGAGUACAGUUACUACUGUUACUAAGCAACCAAGAGGCCAAAAGUAAAACGAUGCUACCACCACCAUGCUUCAUGUUCUCAGAUUUGUACCAAGGGUAAAAAGUUAAAACGUUUUGGUUUGUUCAGAGCAGAGAGCCUUUUCUCACAUGUUUAGGUGUCUCUCAUACGCCUCGCCACUCUUCCAUAAAGCCCAGCUCCACGGUUCUCCUCUGUACACCUUCUCUGUCGGCGCUGAGGAGCUCUUCAGCUUCUUCAGAGAGAUAUUUUUGUAUAUAACUGAACCCUGCGUGAUCAUUUUCCAGAACUUUGUCCCAGACUUGUUUUGACUCUCUUCGGUCUUCAUGAUGCUGCAUGUUUAGGUUCUCUAAACACGGAACAGUACUCAAGACCACAUAAAGUGCAAAUACACAACAGUGUGAGACAUGGACUGUUGCUAUUGUGUAAGAACAAGAAGAGUAAGAAGGAAAGGUAGAAUGAAAAACACACCUUCGUGCUUAACAAUGACAACAAUAACUGGAAGUUCUGACCUUUCCUGUCAGAGUGGAUGUUCAGGCCUAGGGCGAGAAUCGCAUUCUUCCGUUCUAUCGCACCAUGCGCAUGCGCGUUGCACCAGCCAAUCACAGCGCUCUCCAUGCGCAUGCGCGUCGCCCCACUGACGCAGGCUCGGGGUGUUGAAGUUGGUCUGGAAGUUGUGCCGGUGCGCGAGCGAGUUGUCAUAAACAGUUUCCCGAAGUUUCUUUUUUAUAUUUUUUAAUUUUUUUAAUUUUAAUUUUUUUUUUAACAUUUAAUUUACGAUGAAAAAGCGUCACCAUGGAGAUUUUUAUUUAAUUAUUUAUUUUUCCUCUGCACCCUUUAUAUCCUGAAACUAGCCGCUUGUUCUAACUAGCCGAAGCUAAAUAGUGCUAACGUCCAGCUCGCGAGCGCGUAGCGUCAGACACAGCGGAGCAGGCUGCAGGUCUGAGGAGCUUCUUAUCUUCUGGUUCUGGAGCUUGUUUGAGAUGGAUGUGGACGUCACGCGCUUCAUCUAAGACCUUCACUGAACACCAGCAGAGCGAGCGUGUGGUGAAGACGGUGAAAAUGUUCCCGGUGAAAGGGCUCUGCUCUCGCUCCUCGUUCUUCGUGGGGUUCCUGGUGGGCACGUGUUCUCUCUACAUGAUCCUGCAACAGGCCUGGUUCUUGCAGAACGCCAACCUGCGACGUGAAGACGUGGAGGUGAGGAGACUGGUGGAGGAGCAGAAGAACUGGAGGAAGGAGAAGUCGGCGCUGUUUAAUCUCAACCACCCGCACCACAUCGGUGAGGACAGUGGCCUGGCAGAUUCCCUGUACAAGCGUGUACGUAUUCUGUGUUGGGUGAUGACGGGUCCCAGCAAUCUGGAGAAGAAAGCUCGUCACGUGAAGGCCACGUGGAGUCGGCACUGUAACAUCGUGUUGUUCAUGAGCUCGGUGGACGACCCGGACUUCCCCACCGUCGGACUCAACACCAAGGAGGGCCGCGACCAGCUGUACUGGAAGACCAUCAACGCCUUCCACUACGUGCAGGAGAAGCACGGCGACGACGCUGACUGGUUCCUCAAAGCCGACGACGACACGUACGUGGUGGUGGACAACUUGCGCUGGGUUCUGGCCAACCACUCAUCGGACGAGCCCGUGUACUUCGGGCGCCGCUUCAAGCCCUACAUCAAGCAGGGCUACAUGAGCGGCGGCGCCGGGUACGUGCUGAGCCGAGAGGCGCUCAGGAGGUUCGUGGAGGGCUUUCGCACCAAAUUGUGUAGUCAUUCGUCCUCGGUGGAGGACCUCGCCCUGGGAAAGUGCAUGGAGAAAAUGGGCGUGGUCGCCGGAGAUUCCCGGGACACGGUCCAGAGAGAGACAUUCCAUCCGUUCGUUCCGGAUCAGCACCUCACUGCCAAAUUCCCCAAGAGCUUCUGGUACUGGAACUACUGCUACUACCCCAUCGUCGAGGGUCCUCAGUGUUGCUCAGACCUGGCCGUGUCGUUCCACUACGUGAACGCAGAGAUGAUGUACCUGUUGGAAUAUUACACCUACCACCUGCGUGCCUUCGGGUAUCAGUACCGCUACCAGCCCCCGGAGCUGAACCCCGUCCCGCUGUCGCAGCAGAAAGAAGACUCGGCGUUAGCGGAAGCAGAACAACACCCCGAGCCUGAACGCAACAUCUAAAACAUUAUUUUUGUCCAUUUUUCAGCAAUCCUGGAGUUAUUUGAUUUUAUUUUAUUAAUGCAGAGGGUGGGGCACAUGGUAUUUUCUGGUAGCUCUUUUUUCAUGUGCGUGAAUCUUGUAUUACAUUUUGAGUCACAUAUGAGAGUGUGUGUGUGUGUGUGAGCUACUUUUGAUGGUAUGUACAAAUUCUAUAAAAAGUGUUUACUUGAGUGAUGACAGCUUAAAUAUGUAUAGUGCCUCAACAGGUCUGUCUGUGUGUGUGUGUGUGUGUGUGUGUGUGUGUGUGUGUGUGUGUGUGUGAGAGAGAGAGAGAGAGAGAGAAAGAAAGAAAGACUCAGGUAUGUCUAGGCUCAUCUCCAAUGCCUUCUUAAAAUUCUAGACCAAAUGAACCCCCCGCCCCAUUAUGUAUUUUUGUUUUCCAUCCAUCUAAAACAAGUUUUGUCAAACAGGUCAUGUAGGCGGAGCUACAGGUUGUGAUGUCACAAAAUGAUAGAAAAUGCAAAUUAUUGACAGAUCACUAGUAGACUCGGAGCCUGACUCUUUAAAUUAGGAUCGGAGUUUUGAUUGGCGUAUUUGUGCAUCUCCACGUUUUUUUGGUUUCUCGGAUAUUUUCUUGUGUUUUGAAUGUUACGUGAUUUUGUACACGGUUAUUUUAUGUCACUUGAACGGAGUAUUUUGUAACGUGAAUAUUUGAUAUAACCGGUGUAAUGUACGUAAGCGUAAAACAUACGAAUUCUACAAGGUUAUCUUAAUGUAAAAGCAAACGAUGAUCCGUGAGGCGGACAGUGUCGUUAUAAUCUCUGUGGUGGUGUAAACAAAUAUUGGAUGAGAACUUGGUCGAAGAGGUGGAGGUGGACCUGCUGAACCUGUCCUCCUGCUCCACUUUGUAGUUUUAUCUCUUUUGUACCGUGAGCAUCAAUGUGUGUGUGUCAUCAAACACACUUCAUGAAGAUGAAAGGUGCACUUUGAUGCUAAUCUCUCUCCCCUGGAUGUGUAGCAUGGGAUAAAAGGAUGCAUUUGGAGAGAAGAGAAAACGAAUACUUUUUAUUUGUUUUGAGAAACGUAUUAAAGAUUGAAUAAUUUGUAGAAUAGGACUAGUUCGAGAGUGAUGUGAAUCCCUUGCUGACAGCCAUGCCCCGUUCUCAGCCACGCCCCACAUGCACUUGUUUAUGCCUCAGUUUCCUGUAUACACACAGGAUUUUAUAUAUAUAUAUAUAUAUAAUAUCUUAAUAAUAAUCUUCAUUGCAAAGCCUGAUCUUUUGGUACGUGGUGAAACGUUUAAAUGACGUGUUUUCUUCCGAAAACCGUUCAUAUGGAUGUUCUCACUUUUAAUCUUUAACCUGCCAGCACUGGAGUAAUACAGUAAACGUCAUCUCCCUCCACUGGCUUCCUGUAGCCGCCCGCAUUAAAUUUAAGGCCUUGAUGCUCACGUAAAAGACCUUGUCUGGAACAGCGCCCCCUACCUCAACACUCUCCUGAAGGCUUACGUUCCUCAAUGCUUCUCUUUCAUCUCGUCGGAUCUGAUGCGUAUAUACACACCGGUUUGUUGGCAAGAGUGGAAUGCUAGUUGUGCCACCCACUGAUAAAUGUUACUAUGGCAACCAUCAGCAGGAACGCGUCCUGGCAAUGUCAUAGUAGAGCGAGUGGCGCCUUGCGGCGAUAAAAUGGCUGUGUGUGUGGACGCAGCCUGAACGUUUCAUGAUUAUGUUCUGUGAAAAUAACUAAUGUCUGCCUGCAAGUCCUCCGUUUUAACUGAGUUUGUCAUGGACGUGCUUUCUGUUCUUUUCCAAACUGCCUCCGUUUUAUAUUCGCACGCAGCGGAGAGAGAUUAGCGCACACGUUUAAAAGUAAUAAACACCAGAGUGCACCUUUUAACGUCAGUUUCUCACGAGAAAGCACUUUUAAAAUAAACAAAAAUCCACGCCGGAGAUGUUAAAAAGUGAUUAGUACAUGGGCUUUGGUUCCAAUUAACCUUGAAGUGUUUAAUUUUAUCAGUAUGGAGACCAAAUUGGUGUUACUGAUGUCUGAUGAUGAUUACGAUCAGUACACGGUGUUCUUGUUUGUUUUUUUUGGUCUUUCUGAAGGUUAUUAGGUUUAUUUCUGAGUUUUCUGUAAUAUUUACAUAAUCAUUGUUUGUUUGAUUUUAUAACAAUGCUGAGCUGAAAUGUCUCGAGUGUAAAAUCAAACUGGAUUAACUUUAAUAUUUUUGAUUUUCUGAUCGUUUUGUGUCGACGGGAGCAAAUUUGGGAAGAGUGAUGUUAAGAUUUCUUCGCUCUGUGUUAAUAUAUUAAUAUUUUCAUAUCUAAAAGUGUGUGUGUGUGAGAGAGAAGGAAAAUUCUGAGCAGCAUCUUUACAGGAGUCUUUAUUUAUAGAUUCAGAAAUGAACAGAAUCACUGAGGUAUGAAGACACAUAUUUAAUAAAUGAUUAUUUUACUGUAAA